AUCAAAAGCACAAAAAAAACCCCGCUUUGUUCUGCGUCUCUCUCUCUGUCUCCGUCGUCCUGCGGUUAACCCGCCGUCGUCCCUGUUUCUCUCUCCACCGGUCGGCUCGCCGUUAGCCGACCUCAUUCCUCGCCCUACCUCCGGCCGUCGCGUCGAGCCUCCUCACCCACAACGGAUUCUCGAGUCUCUUUCUCACCCUUCUCCAUCGUUCCUCCGUUUCGAAAUUGUUCCUCAGCCCUUGCCGGCUGUCGGACCUCUUCCUCACCACCACCAGCCGUCGAGCCUCCUCAUCAGCCACCAAAGCCGUCGAGCUUCUUUCUCACCCACCACCGGUCGUCGGUGGUUCGAAAUCAGAUGACUUGGCAGCCAUAUUCAGAGACGGUACUUGGUUUACUACCCGAGAUUUGUAGAUGUGAUAGAGAUAUAUGGCGCUCAGUUGUACCAUUGAUUUGCUUUGACAUUGUUGAGUACCACUACCCAAAUCGAGUGAUGCGUCAGUUUGGAUUGGAACAGUCAGUUCCCGUUGCGUGUGACACGAGUGUUGAUCUUCAUAAUGUGGAUCGACGGCAUAAAACCAAGAAGUUUGAAGAGAUGCAUCGCAAAUAUGUGGAGGAGUGGCGUGAUCGUGAGAGUCGGAUUGUUCAAGGCACUCCUUUUGCCGGUCAUAGUGAGAGGAUGAAGGAGUAUAUGGAUUGGUAUUGUAGCAUCACGAGACUCCUCAUUACUCCUGUUACACGAUCACCCCCCACCACUCAUUAUCAGCCGUCUUCCUCUGAUAUUAUUUUGUCACAUGCAUUGGCUGAUCUUGCCUCAAGAUGCACUCGAGCUGUGGAUUCUGCGUUAGAGUUACCUCCCAGUUUGGCCCUUCCUCUCACUCUUGAUACGUUACGCAAUUUGAGUUCCUCUUGCAUUGAGACCUUAUCAAGAGUGGGGCAAGAACAUAUCCUCCAACAAUAUGAUUUAGCCUCGUCUUAGUGUACACCCGACACCUCCACCUCACAUGUUUCU